AUGUAUAAAGGAGUGAUUCUUAUCAUAACUUCCUUAUUUCAAAUAGUCAACAGUACCGUAUAGCUUUUAUCAUCCUAAUAUCCCUUUAAAUAAAGCAUAGUCGACCUUGAGGAUAAUAAUAUGUAUGGUGUAUUUACAUACUAUACACCUUUAAACUAGAUAAUAAAUCUAGCUUAAACCCUUGAUAAAAGCUAAUAAUAAGUCCAUCUAUUUUCAGCCUUCUUUGAAUAGUACACAUUAAUUGCAUACUAAACCAUAGAUGCUGAUGUAGAUAAAAUUUAUCAUGUGAUAAAAAUAUAGUCGACAUCUACUGAUACAACGAAAGUGUAUGAAUUUGAAUAAGAUUAUUUAUAAUAUGAAGGAUUAGAAGUAGGAACAAUAUUUACUUAUUCUGAAGAACUAUUAUAACUUGAACUAAAGGUUUACACAUAAGAUAAAAUGAAUACAGUUUAGAUUGAUGAUAUUUUUUUAUAAAAAUCAAAUGUCAAAUUUAAAUUUGGUGGAAGAAAUAAUGAAUUAGAUUUAAUGGGAUUUCAAGGAAUAAUGUUUUUGGUUCUCGGUGAGACAUAUUUAACAAGAAUCGAUUAUCUAUAUUCAAUAAAGUGUUAUGAAUCACGGAGAGAUUUUUCAAUACUAUAUUAGGAUUAUGUAUCUUCUAACUUGAAUACCUUUAAUAUUCCUGUUGCGAUAUAUAAAGAAUAUUAAAUAUAAUUUUGGAAUAAAUUAUAAACAUAAAUAAUUCCUGAAAACUUGAUUUAAGUUUUAGUUAUCGAUACAUAAAAUGAAAUUGAUGAAUAGCUCUCUUUAGGAAAGAAAACUAUGCAGAUAUAUUAUCACUUUUAAAGCGACUCAGAUCUUUUGAUCUAUUGUAAAUAUUAUUCUUAUAAAUUUCCAUAUAACUAUUAUAAUGUCGAUUACAUAUAAUCAUUAAUUUAAUAAGCAGAAAUAACUAAUGUUGACCCAAAAUUUAUCUAAAGUUGGCAUUUUAUUAGAACAUAAUAUUAGAAAGAAACGCUUAAUUUAUAAAUUUAUUUUCCAGAAUUAAAUAAGAACGUAAUUAUUGAAAUACCAGAAGUUAGAUAGUUUUCAUAAACUGUGAGUUAAAUAACUAUAAAUGCAAUAUCAGAUUUAAACUUAGAAAUAAAAGGUUAGAUCGCAUCUUUCAUUUUCAAUACUUGCAUGUAAGAUUUUAGUAUUUUCAAACCUUGUCAUUUUUCAUGUUUUACGUGCAACGGCCCUUUUUACAACAAUUGCUUAUCAUGUGAGGAUGAUUCAAAUAGAAUAUACGAUGAAGAUGCAUCCACUUGUCAAUGUAGGCCUUGGACUUUGGAAUAAAACAAAACUAUAUGCUAUGAUUUGCUCUAAGAUCCCUAAGUUUAAGUCAAAUACGAGUAGACCUCUAAAAUCUAAGGUUACGAUAAAAUAGACCCAUAAGUGAUUUGCGCAUUUGGAUAUUUUUUGUAUGACGGAGAAUGCAUUAGAUGGUAUUUAUUUUCUUUAUUUUAGUCCAUCAUAAUUGUAAAAUGGGUAUAUUAUAUGUAUUGAAUGCUUAUUGAAUUGGAAAACUUGGAUAUAUAAUAGCACUUGCAUUUAAUAUGAUAUAAUUAAUAAGGAAUGGUUAAACAUUCCAAUAGAAUCAAAUUUUGAUAUACUUGAUUUAUUCCAAAAUUAUUUAUAUACUUAUAGUGAUGGAGAAUUACAAGCUUGUCAUAACUGUUUUGCUUUUUGCAAACCUGAAAUAUAUCAUGAUAAUUGUCAUAAGCUUAAUGUAAAUCAUUUAGGGUCAGAAACCUAUGUUUAUUGUUUAUACGAGUAUGAUGAAAUAAAUCUAGUUUGUUUGCCUAGAAAAGGGAGUGGACUUGCAGUGCAAAACAAUUGUGGCUCUAAAUGUUUAAAAUGUGAUACAGAUGUAAAAUUGUGUGUUUAAUGUGUAAAUAAGAACGAUAUCUUAUUAUUAAAUAGGGAAAGCUGUUAAGAAUGUACAAUACCUAAUUGUAAGUACUGCUUCUAAUAUCUCAAUUCAGAUGAAAUAGUAAUAUCUACUUUGGUUAGUAAAGCAUACUUUGGCAAUCAAAUUUCAUCUCCUUCAGAAAUCCUUAAUGAGGAAUACUUAAUAGGAUGUGCAUUAUGUGAGGAAAACUAUAUCUUUAAUUUUUAAUCUAUGUAAUGCGAAUUAAAACAAACUACUUAGGAUUAGUGUACAGAUUAUUUUUUAAAUGAUUAAGGAGAUAAAAUUUGUUUAACAACAUUAACAAAAGAUUUCAUUUAAGGUUAUGAAAUAUCUGAUUGCACAGAUUACAUUUAAAAAUGUAUUAAAUGUGUUUAAUCUAAUAGAAAAAAAUUGUUUUGCACUUAAUGCGAAAAGGGAUACUAUAUUAAUAAAUUUGGUCAAUGUAACAAAUGUGAUGAAUAAUUUACUGAAUGCUUUCCUGAUUAUAUUAUUACUAAUAAUUCCUACAUAACUAAAAUUUAACCAUUUGUUUAAGCCAUAUCAAAAAGGUUGGAAUUGACCUUCAAUAACUUUGUAUAUUAAGACAUAUAUGGUCUUUGCUAAGGUAGUCUUGGGUACUCUAAAUCUUGUUCUAUUGAAAUCAACAUCCCUUAUUGUAAGCAAUUUUAUAUAAAUUAAUGCUAAUAGUGCAACUCAUAUGAGAAUUCAAAUACAAUCACCCUUUAUGAUGGCUACUGUUACUUAUGUCCCUACUAAUGCUCAUAUUGUUAACCAAAAUAAUCAUCAUCAAUUGAAAUAUAUUGUUUAAGGACUAAUUUUGAAUAAUUCUCUAUUGAUUAAAUCACUGGUAGGCCAACACCAAAACUAUAGAACUAUUUGAAACAAGAUCAGCAUGUUAUUUACAAUUUGAUGAACUAUUUAACACUUGUGACAAUAGAAAGCGACCUUAUUUUCUCAAAAGUGACUAUAAAUCUUGAUAUAUAUAUAGAAUACUUUACGAAUUAUAUUAUCGAGAUACCAAUAAAAAAUCGCCUUUACAGCCAAUCAUAUAUUAGUUAAUUGAUAAUUAACUCAAAAUUGGAAGAAGAUAUGAUUUGUCCUUACAAAUUAGAUGUAUAUUACUUUGAUGAAAUAUUAAUCUCAGAUUUUUUAAUUUCAAUAAAUGAGAAAUUUUGUGAAAAUAUUAUAUUAGUUAAUUCAAUUUAUGGAACUAAACUAAUAAUUAAAAAUAUCACCAUGACCUAAAAGUUAGAAGAGAAUAUCGUGAAAUAACUAUUCAUUUGGAAUGAAAUCGUUUAUCUUGAAUUUAAUUCUGUGACAUUAGAUUCCAUUUAAAUAUCUCAUUUCCCAUUAUUUUUACUUAAGCAGAAUAAAACACAAAAAGGAAUAAGUGUAAAUUUUGAAAAUGUAAUAUUUAAAAAUUGUUACUUCUAUAACGCAAGCAUAAUAUAAGUAGAACUUGUAAAUCCAAUUUUUGAAAUUAACUAUAUUGAAUUUAACAAUGUAACCAUUACAAACUGUACAAUGAAAUUCUCUGAUAUGAUUUAAAUUGUUGGAGAAUAAAAUAAAUUAAUAUUCUAAUACAUUAGAUUUUCUAAAAUUUCAAUACUAAGCUGCUUCAUUCAAAAUUUUUAAUUCAUUGAAAAUUAUCUAACUAAUGAUUAGAUUACUACGGAUAUAACAAUUUUUGACACAAAUUUUAUCAAAACAAAAGUUUUUCUGAUACAGAGCCCUGCUUAUUUUGAAAACAUCAAAAUCUCAUAAACAUAAUUUAUUAACUCUAGUUUGACUUCAACUUAAAUUAAUGCCAGAUUGAAAUCAUAUUCCUUAACUUUUUAGAUUUCACAAAUAUCACUUAAUGAAAUAAUAUCUGAUAGUAGUAUAAUUGCUAUUGAGCAUGAUUACUAUUAAGAUGUGCAAAUAUCAAAUGUAAGAAUUACUGAUUUGAAUUAGAUUAGUGAUUUGAAUUAAAAUUACUUUCUAUUUAUUAUUUAAGGUGAGUUUGUAUUAAUUUAAGAUUACUUUUGUUCAUAAAUUGCACAAUCCAGUUUUCAUAUAAAUAUUGUCAACUCAAAGUACAUCAAAGUUAAGAAUGUUGUAAUCUUUGGGUAGGAAUUAACUUCCAGAAUUAGUCAUGAAAAGUAAUUGGAUAUUGACCUUGAUCCAUCCUUGUAGAAUUUAAUUUACAUUCACAAUUCCUCUGUUAUUGAAUUACAUAAAUUUAAUAUCAGUAAUCUGAAAAUAUAAAAUUCUAAUUUGAUUAAACUUUAGGAUGAUUCAAAUGUUAUGGAAAUAUCAAUGACUGAUUUUAAUCUAUAGAAUAUUAUACUGUCUUAAGAAUUAGGAAUCUAUGAAACAUCUUUAAUUUAGGUUUAGUUGAGCAAGGCUUCCAAAGCACUGCUUUAUAAUUUUUAUUUUGCAUUUAUUUUUGGAAACAACUAUGAAAAAAUUAUCAAAGCAUCUGAGUAAUUAUCACUCAUAACUUUUCUAUCAUUUUAGAGUGAGAUAUAGCUUUCAAAUUUUUUAUUCUCUAAUAACAUCAUUACUAAUACAUCUACUGCCCUUAUUUAUUUAGAGUCAAAAAAAAUCUUAAUUUCCAAUUUUGCAAGUUAAUUUGCUAACAUACAUGCUGUUUGGUUAUANCUCAUUUCCCAUUAUUUUUACUUAAGCAGAAUAAAACACAAAAAGGAAUAAGUGUAAAUUUUGAAAAUGUAAUAUUUAAAAAUUGUUACUUCUAUAACGCAAGCAUAAUAUAAGUAGAACUUGUAAAUCCAAUUUUUGAAAUUAACUAUAUUGAAUUUAACAAUGUAACCAUUACAAACUGUACAAUGAAAUUCUCUGAUAUGAUUUAAAUUGUUGGAGAAUAAAAUAAAUUAAUAUUCUAAUACAUUAGAUUUUCUAAAAUUUCAAUACUAAGCUGCUUCAUUCAAAAUUUUUAAUUCAUUGAAAAUUAUCUAACUAAUGAUUAGAUUACUACGGAUAUAACAAUUUUUGACACAAAUUUUAUCAAAACAAAAGUUUUUCUGAUACAGAGCCCUGCUUAUUUUGAAAACAUCAAAAUCUCAUAAACAUAAUUUAUUAACUCUAGUUUGACUUCAACUUAAAUUAAUGCCAGAUUGAAAUCAUAUUCCUUAACUUUUUAGAUUUCACAAAUAUCACUUAAUGAAAUAAUAUCUGAUAGUAGUAUAAUUGCUAUUGAGCAUGAUUACUAUUAAGAUGUGCAAAUAUCAAAUGUAAGAAUUACUGAUUUGAAUUAGAUUAGUGAUUUGAAUUAAAAUUACUUUCUAUUUAUUAUUUAAGGUGAGUUUGUAUUAAUUUAAGAUUACUUUUGUUCAUAAAUUGCACAAUCCAGUUUUCAUAUAAAUAUUGUCAACUCAAAGUACAUCAAAGUUAAGAAUGUUGUAAUCUUUGGGUAGGAAUUAACUUCCAGAAUUAGUCAUGAAAAGUAAUUGGAUAUUGACCUUGAUCCAUCCUUGUAGAAUUUAAUUUACAUUCACAAUUCCUCUGUUAUUGAAUUACAUAAAUUUAAUAUCAGUAAUCUGAAAAUAUAAAAUUCUAAUUUGAUUAAACUUUAGGAUGAUUCAAAUGUUAUGGAAAUAUCAAUGACUGAUUUUAAUCUAUAGAAUAUUAUACUGUCUUAAGAAUUAGGAAUCUAUGAAACAUCUUUAAUUUAGGUUUAGUUGAGCAAGGCUUCCAAAGCACUGCUUUAUAAUUUUUAUUUUGCAUUUAUUUUUGGAAACAACUAUGAAAAAAUUAUCAAAGCAUCUGAGUAAUUAUCACUCAUAACUUUUCUAUCAUUUUAGAGUGAGAUAUAGCUUUCAAAUUUUUUAUUCUCUAAUAACAUCAUUACUAAUACAUCUACUGCCCUUAUUUAUUUAGAGUCAAAAAAAAUCUUAAUUUCCAAUUUUGCAAGUUAAUUUGCUAACAUACAUGCUGUUUGGUUAUAUUAAUACAUAAAUAUGAUUUAUUCAAAUUCCUCUAUAAAAGUAUUAGAGUAAUUGUUUCCUAUUGAAUCAGAAGGUAGCAUUUUUAAUAUAUAAUCUCAAUACCUCACUCUUAUUAACAUUUCCUCAAAGUAUUCAAAAGCUAUAUAAGGAGGAUUUUGUAAAAUAGAAUUAGUUUUGGAUAGUGAAUUCAACAUAACAAAUGCAUCUAUAUCAGAUAGUAUGGCUAUAGGUGGAAAGGAGAGUAAGGGAGGGUCAUUUUAUGUUACAGCGAAGGAUUCAAAUUUAAUUCUUAACUUUAUAAAUAUUUAAGUCACCACAUCCUACAGUCUUUAUGAUGGUGGAUUUUUGUAUUUAAUCCCUUCGAACACCUACAAUCGAAUAGAACUUAGGAAUAUAAUCGCCUUAAAUGUUUUAUCAUUGUUCAAGGGUUUUUUUGGUAUUGAAUUUUCUUUAUAAACUCAAUAUAACUUUGUGUAUUUAAGUAAUAUUUUAGUUAAUGUGUCUUUUGAUGGAUUUUAUGAUAAUACAAAUGAAUUCCAAGAAUUAAAUGAGAAUGAAAUCUCCUACAUUAAUAAUGAUAAUGGAUAUUUUUAUUUGGAUUACUGGUAUUAAAUAUAUUUUUAUUUAGCAAUCUAACAAUUAAUAAUGUCUAUAUGUAUUUUGAUAUUAUUAACUAACCAGUUUUCUCUUUAACCAAAAUACAAAAUUUAAAACUCUUCAAAUUACAUGUAGAAGUAGGAGAACUACUGACAAGCUCAUUGAUUUUAUAUGAAUCUUACUAAAGUAUUAUAUCCAAAAAUAUAUGUAGAUAACAUUUUGAAACUUUUAAAUAUUGCUCAUUUAAGAUUAAGAUAGACCCAAUUUAAAGUACCUUCAUUUUAUAAAGACCCUUGUAUCUAAGUUUUUAAAGAGGAGAUGCUUUUCAUAGAUAUUUACUUAUAUAAUUCAUUUUAAAUUAAGCAAAAGAACUGCCUAAUGACCUAAAUACUUCUUUCAAGCUUAACUCCAGAUUCAUUAAUAUCAAUUAAUUUCUUAGAUGAAUAUUAGAAAUUCUAGAUUCAAGAUGCAAUUAUUAAUUAAUUUACUGAGAUGUCAUUUAAAUUGGGUCUAUUCAAUAUUCAUUAUGAGAAGUAUUUCAAAUCUAGGUUGGAAUAAUUUGUUUUUCUUAAUAAUAGUUGUAUUUCAAACAAUAAACUCAAUAUUAGUUCAAAACAAUUUGGAGGAUAGGAAUUAGUUCUUUUAAAAAAGCAAAUUUAUUAUAACAAUUCAAAUUCUUAGAAUGGGUAGAUUUCAAUCUCGAAUCUCAACUAUCAAAUACAGUAAUCCUUAUUUAUUCAUAAUACUGCACUACAAAAAGGUGGAGCUAUUUACAUUUAGAACUCUCCUUUUUAUAUCGUAUAAUCAGUGAUAUCUGAAAAUCAGGCAUAUCAAGGAGGAGGAAUAUUUAAUGAAAAGAUUUUAAAGAAGGAUCUUACCCACUCUUUAGCAAAGACUUUGUUUUUUAAUAAUAAAGCCACUUAUAUGACAAACACCUAUGGACAAGAAUACUUUUAAUUAAAAAUGGAUACAAAUCGCAAGAUUAACUAAUUAUUUUAUAAAUCGUUUUUAUACGAUUAGACUACUAAAGGCGGAAAUGCUUUACUUAGUCUGCCUAGUGGCUAAUCAUUAUAAUCUUAUAGGGAAUUCAAUAUGCAGACUCUAAAAUUUAGUAAUACUUCAAUAAACUUAAAAUUCAAAGUUCAAAAUUCAUAUUAAGAAGAUUAGACAUUAACAGAUUUAGCGGUUUUAUGUGAUAUUCAAUAAGAUUUGUUAGAUGAAAACUUCAAAGUUAUAAAAAAUAAUUUUUCGUUUGCUGAGAUAAAAUUUAAUAGUGAAUAAAACUACCUUAAUCUUGAGGAGAUUAUUUUUAUUCUAAAUCCUUAUACGAAUAAUUACUUAUAAGUAGGAAUUAAUUGUGAUGUUAUUGAAAAUGUAGAUUAUAAAUUUACGUUUUAUGUUUAAACAAUUAAAUGUUAGAUGGGCGAAUAUUUCUAAGAAGAUUAAUGUCUAGCUUGUAAUUCAUCAAAAGGCUAUUAUAGUAUUGAUCCUCUCAUUGGAUAUUGUGAAAAAUCUAAUCCUUAUUAUAUACGAAAUCACACUGAAAAUCUGCUAGACUUAUACCCAGGAGUUUGGAGAUACACUUUACAGUCUUCAACAUUAGAACAAUGUUCCAAUCAACCAAAAAAUUGUCUUGGAGGGUGGAAUUUUGGAGAUGAGACUUGCUUAGAAGGCACGAUAGGAGCACUUUGCUAAGAAUGUGAUGUAUACAAUAUCAGAGGGUUUGGAAAGUAUUCAAAAAUAAGAGAAUUUACUUGCUUGCUUUGUGGCAAUUAGGGUUUAGUACUAUUAGAAUUCUGCUUUGUCUUUGCUUGGGUGUUAAUUUAGAUUGCUUUAACUGUCAAAAGUACCUAAUUAUAAAAUUAAAAAUUCUUAUAUUGCAAAGCAUAAACUAAAAUGUAUGAUAUAAUUGUGCGAUUAUCUUAAGGUAUUAAUCUUUUAAUUUUAGAUCAAUCCAGUACUGUAAUUAAAUUGAUUAGUAAUUACUUUUAGAUUGUGUUGGUAGUAUAUACAUUUUAAUUGAAUUUUAUUUCUAAUAUUGAAGAUGUUUUUAAAUUUAUUGGAAACUCAACUUAUUCUACUACCAAUAAUUUUGAUUGCUAUCUUUCAAAUCUGAAUAUCGAUUACAUUUAUUUAAAUCUCUCCUUUAUUGUUAUUAUCCAAUUAAUUCAAUAUAUAAUAUUUGUUUCACUUUCAUUUAUACUACAAAAAUUGCAACUGAGUACCUUCACUCAAGAAACAUUAUAUUCCUCCUUCUUUUAUUUAUAUUUAUCUGGCUUUUUGAAUUUAAUCAAAGUGUAAACAAUUUCACGCAUAUUUUAGGCUAUCCUCCUUAUUAACCCCAAAGACAUUUGGGGAUCAGUAAUGGAUUAGUGCAAAUGUAUCGUACUAAUAUUGGACAUCUGUCCAUUAGAAGGCAGUUUACAUUCUUAUAUUACCUCUAUUGAUAUUUGCUGGUUUCAUACUUCCUUUAAUUUUAUUUGUAACUCUCAAUCAAAAUAAGAAGAAUUUUAAUAAUUAUUCCAUUAAAUAAAAGUUUGGUUAUCUAUUUAAUGAGUAUUCAAGAAAAUUUUAUUUUUGGGAGUUAAUAAGGGUAAGUCAAAGACUAUUACUGACUUUGAUUAUUGUAUUGUUAUAAGACUUUAUUAUAACCAAAGGGAUAUUAUUAGUUGGAUUACUUUUUACUUACUACCUUAUGUUUAACAUUAGUAAACCUUUUAAUGUGGGAAAGUUAAAUAAAUUUGAGAAGGAAUGUCUAAUUUUAUGCAUAAUCUCAUUACUAUUAUGUCUAGUGUAAUUUUCUAUCUAUGAUAAUUCAACAGUAUUAAAUAAAAUCAUCCAGGUUUUAAUAUUAAUAUCAUUGUUGUAUUUAUUCUAUGAAUGUGCGAUGAAAUUUAUCUCUGUGCACAUAUCAAAAUAUGAAGCGUUUUUAGACAUCAUAAGGAUAAUAAUCAAGAAACAUAUCAAAAUUGAAUACAUUCUAAAAUCUAAAUAUCUAGAGUUGAGUACUGAGAGAAGGGACAGAAUAAGACAAUUGUUUAUGAAGUUGAAAGCUUAAACAAAUAAAAAGCAGGCUCAACCUCCUUUGUUUACUAAUCUAGUUUCAGAGUAAAGAGUUACUUAUGCUUCAGUAGACAAUGAGAAAAGCCAAAAAACAAGAUUAAUUUGA